CGGGCUCCAAUCCAUCCAGUCUCACUCCACAGGACGGACUGCCCGGCCCCGCCUCGUUCGCCAAUCUCGCCAGCUUCAUCACCUCAUCUCGUCACUCCGUGCCUGCCGGCCUGUUCACACGCGCCAACGGCGACAGCCACGUUUCUGUACGAUUGCACAGACGCUGUCGCUCAUCUCUCUCCCCUCCCGCCGACACAAGCCAUCCGCCGCCACUCGUGAAGUGCGUACCGCUGCGCUGCUGCGUAUCACGAUCACGUCAGGUCAGGUCAGGUCAGGUCAGCGUCGACCUAGAGCCGCACGCAAACCAUAUAUUGCUCUGUGUCCGAUCCCCAAAGACGCCUGCCUCGACCGACGCUCGUGUUCGCUCGCAUCGCUGCGUGUCUUCGGCCCAGUCCUCUCUCUCGCCCGGGCGGGUCGGAUCCGCAUGAGGAUCCGAUGCGACAACUCACUUGCGACGAGAGCCGCCACAUUCCACGGCGGCUGUUGCGGAGGGCAGCAGCCAGACACCUGAUGAGCGGUUGCUGCGACUGUUCUGAAAUCCCAACGGCGCCGAGUUCGAACUGGCUAGCCUGGGCUAACUAACAACGCCUGCAUGCACACAUCUGGUCUUUUGGCUGCAUCGUCAAUCGUCCCAGCAAAUGUGCGGCGACCUCGGCGAUGAUGCACCUGGAAGAAGCAACCACCGACGCUUUCUCACCAAAGACACAACGUUAAACCAAGCUUGCUCAGAGUAGCCAGCCGGCUUGCGCGCACUCCCCCCCCCCCCCUUCCCCCCUGCCCGUCCGUUGCGUUGGGUCCAGCAACGAGCUCUCGCUGGUGUUCGCCGCGGCCUGUGCGUUUUUGUUUGCUUUGCGACUUCUAUUCUUGACGUCGUCCGUCCGUCCGUCCGUCCGUGGAGCCGAUACGCGAACUGAAAGGCUUCGUUCAGGCGAACCUACGUACCCAGUUACAACCGACAGACUGUCCCGACCAACCGUGUCUACACUGGAACGGCAUGCCACAUUGUCGCCUUCUGCUCUGCAGCGUGGAGCCCGCUUUCCGCCAUCCCGCCCUGCGAGACCCCCUUUUGACUCUCGCCAUUGCUCCUCUCGGGCCCCGCAUUCUUCUCGGUCUCGGCCCCGCCCCACCAGCUCGGACGCCCGUCGCCGUCGGCCGCGGCAUUGCUCCCGGUCCGCAUCGGUCAAGCUCCGUCGGGCCCGCGACAUCUGAGCCAUGGCCUCUCUACCAUCCUACCAGGAGGCCAUGGCCAAGCCGGACUGGCUCCUCCUGGUGGCCCCGUAUGUCCAGUUCGACGAUUAUCACUCGCUCUGCCUAGUGAGCCGCCGCUCCUGGCGCAUAUUUGCCCCUUGUCUGUGGGCGGACCUCCUUAGAGCAGUCCGCCGCGCCGGCUUGGAUCCCGGUGAUGACUUGGCUUGGUGGUUCGACUUUGUCUUGAACAAGCUCGACCGCGUCUCCCCCGCUACACGCGCGCUCGUGCGGGUUCUUGAUGCGAGGGACUUUGCCAAAGAUGCCUAUCAUUUUGCAUCAGAUAGUGGCACUGGUUCGCUGGAUGAUAGCUUCAGCCGCGCCUUGGAGCUGCUGCCCAACGCCAACUCCAUACUGCUGGACGGCCAAGUGGAUCUGGACUCUGACUUUCUCGUGCACUCUCUGCUCGCAUCGCCACAGCAUCGUCCUCGUUUGCUCAGCGUCGCCGGUUGUCCUCAACACUUGCCAACAUCUUUCUUUGCCUCACCGUGUUUCCAGAAGCUGGUCUACCUCGACGUUUCUGAUGUUUCAGGCUCAAUUCAGCCGCUUCUGCAACCUGAGGUGUUAUGGAGCCUGCGAGUCUUAAAGCUUCGAUGUCGCGAGAUUGAUGAUGCCACACUCGAGGCUCUCCUUGGCAAGUUCCAGCUCAGGCUCUGGAGUCUUGACUUGGCCGGGAACAAAGUCACGGACGCGGCUAUCCAGAUGCUGGCGUCUCUAUCUAUCUCACGCGAGCCGUUUCAUUCCAAGGGCCCAUCCAGGGUCGAAGGCAGCGUGCGUGCAUUUGCACAUGGCACCCCUGACUACGGUCCCUUCCUCAUCAUUGAAGAGUCCAGAUGGAGUGCCUCGUUCUGCCACCCAGAAAGGUACUUUGUCGAUGCUCCCGCGUACGUUGCGGACGUCGCACAGCCAAAUAUCAGACAAACAAGGUCUGACGGGGCCGUUCGCGUACGCAGCGACUCGGCUGAAGCUUCUGUGUGGAUAUUGUCCAAAGAGGAGACUGACUGGGACGUGGACGAGUAUUGCCAGAGUCGUGGCCUCACUCACUUAUCCUUGUCUAGGACAAGAGUAUCCUCAUUUGGCCUCCAAAAGCUCCUGCGCAAUUCGUCAGGGCAUAUAGAGGAGUUGACUUGCUCGCUCAUGCCGCUGUUGCCAGUCACUGCGCCUAUCUCCAAAUUCUGGCCCAGGUCGGCGAGGUUAUAUGGAGUACUGGGCGCGGCGCAUUUGUUCCGACCUGCCUACUCGUCCGGCCUUCGAAGGGUAACGAUGCACCACUCUCUGGUCACGCACGUGCCCAAACUAGAGAUGGACGGCCUUUCAGCCAUCGCACGCGACUACCUGGCCGAAACAGCCAUUCUUGAGCGAGUGGAUCAGGUGUAUCCCGAGGUCUUUGUGCCGGACAUGAACCCCAGACUGACGUCCUUGACCUUGACCGGCAUCCCUCGUCGUUCAUCGGGCCCUCUUGUCGAAAGACUAAUACGCUUUCUGGAACUGCUAUCCAGACAGGAACGCGCGAUCCAAGACGCGUCUGCUCGCAUCGCGUCAUCGUGGCGCGCGCCUGGCCUUUUGCAGGGUCUGAGACACCUUGCUCUGGAGUUUGAACCAGAUACGAUGGAUGACGGGCUCGCAGCAAUGGACGACCUGGACGCUGAGGAAUUGAUGGAUGUGGGCGACACAGGUUUCAGCUUCUUCAAUGACACACCAGUGGGAGAAGGACGUCGCUGCAGGACGGCCGCCGUGUCCCCAACCGCCGAUGGCUCACAUUCCGAAGCCGUGUCUGCAGAAAGCCACCCCUCUGGGGCCGAACCGGACACGCAAAAUUUUAUAAAAUAUGACGGGAAGUGGAAUGGAGAAGGUUUUUCUCUGGAAGUCUGGGUUGGUCCGGCCCCAGGCGCCAGCAAGGUUCUCGACGAGUAUCGGCACCUCGUCAUGAGCGUUGGCCUUCGCGACGGGGUCGGGCCGGCCACCCCAGGACAGAUUCUCGCCGGCGCACCAAAAGGCUCUUUUGUCUUUCAUGUAGCUUGGUGCGCCGCGGUGAUGCCGCGACAGCUGCGACCCCCGGCGCGGGACGCCUUGACUGGAAUGAAGGAUGUGCUGGCAGAACUAAGGGCGUACCGCCUGGCCGGGCGAGCCAAUUACAUAAAACUACAGCAGAGCGUCGAAGCCGGGUCAUCGAUUCUUCCAGGCGAUCCUCACUUGUUCUGGACAGGUACGCUGAAGGUAUCGACAUCUAUACCGCAGCGGCAAUGACUGGUGCCUCCGCGGAUUUCUCUUCUUGCCUGGCCUUGGGCACAGGAAAAUGACGAGCGCUGCAGGUGUUUGGCGACACAAUACUACCUCUACUCCAUCAAUUCCGCCUCAAACCUGUCAAUCUGUCCCGCUGCAGGUGUUCAGUGACACAAUACGACCUACGUACCUCUCCAUUCCGCCUCAAACCGGUCAAUGUGUUCCCUAGUGCUCAGUUCACUCCAAGUCAAAUCCCACCGCGGCAGACGGCGUUCGCAGAUCGAGCUCCCCUGUGGGUCGUAGUGCAGAGCUGCAGAACUACGGAUGCCAUCGCCCCUGCCGCGGCGUUCUCUCAGACAAGCGAGGAAGCUGUGACUGGUCGAAUGGACGGCUGAUCGGAUUGGCGACACAGACGAGCAUGCGGGCUGCAAUGCGGGACUCGCGGCAGGGUGAGACACGACGGCGGCUGUCUGGAGGCCGAUGGCAGGGCUUGUGUGGGGAGGUGAGAUGUCUUGGUGAAGAGCAGGUGAGCCGAUCUGAACGGUGGGGAAGGUUGGAGAUGAGAGUGAGUGCUUGCAUGACGCUCUGUCCGUUGGCGUUGUCUUGGAGGCGUCAUUUCUGAUGGCGGGAGUGAAAAACUGAGUGAGGCUCGGCGAUACUAUCGACUGUGCGGCAGGGAGACGCCCUCUACAUGAUGAGUCGAAACAACGGUUGGCGCCGACUCGAGAUGAUGCUGGAGGCGAGCAGGACAGGGGCGGUUGCUGCCCAACAGCGCUCGGAUGAGAUCCUCACCACGAGGCGCUGCCGACACGAGCACAGGCUUUGGGUCGGCGACGUGGCCGUGUAAGUCAUUCAUGUGCACAAGCAAGCCAGGGGAUUGCAUUUGUGCAUGGGACUUGUAGGCACAUGGCAGCGCCAACUCGUGGCGCCCCCCGCGACGGCAUCUAUUUUUCUCUAUCCUCGAGAUCACGUUGUGAGCGUUACCCAUCUGAGAGCCCUCGAGCUUAAGCUGUGUGAUGUUUGUCAAACACGCUUCGCCUCACUUGCGGCGAUGGGCCACAACAGCUCGAGGCGGCAGAUAGCUUGGAGUACCUCAGUAUCAAACUGGCAUAUGAUAUACUACAGUCAUGUUUCGGUCGCAUGUAGGUAGGUAGCACUAACUCUAACCCCGGCCCCCCUUUUGGCGCCCCCCCAUGGCUCUCAGAGGUAAGUUUGCUUCGAGAGUCGGGACAUCAGAUACUGCUAGAUAGACGCUGCCGCGUGCAAUACACUUACUUCGUCGUCGCUCUGA